UAAACAUCACGCAAGACAAGAGUGAGUAAAUGAGCAUUGACAAUCAAAAGAUAUCUAGGCUGAAACUGAGAAUCUGAAACGAAGGAUGUCACCACUGUCUUUGAAAUGGCAGACAUUAUGUGGUAGUUUUGUAGUCAUAACGCCCAUGUAUUAGAUCUUGCCCGUCCAUUUUAACUGGUUGUUCCUAUAACCGGUCAUCUGGUCUUCUUCUUCUUAUUUUUUAUUUUUAUUUUAAAUGGAUGGGCAAGAUCCAAUCUUGCACAUCGAACGGCCAAAAUAAAAUUGGGUGCGCUACAAGGGCGGAACUGGAGAAUUUUCCCAUAGGAAAACAGAGGCUACGUUUCUGUAAACCAAACCGCAUGUUUAGCAUAUUUGGGAACAAAGGCUACGUUUCUGGGCAACGCCGUGUAUAAGAUCCGCCCUCACCCCACGCGAUUCACAGCAUCAAGACAUGGACAGAGGGAAACACUUCGUUCUAGUUCAUGGCGCUGGCAAUGGAGCUUGGUGCUGGUACAAGCUUGUCCCACUGCUCAAAUUAUUGGGUCACCGCGUCACCGCUCUGGACUUAGGCUCUUCUGGGGUCAACCCCAAGCGCCUGGACGAGCUUGCUUCUGUAUACGAUUAUGUGCAACCACUGAUGGAGCUCGUGGCCUCCCUUCCUCAAGAUGAGAAGGUGAUUUUGGUGGGUCAUAGCUAUGGAGGCCUCCCUAUUUCUCUGGCUAUGGAGAGCUUCCCUGAGAAGAUCCUAGUUGCGGUCUUCGUAUCAGCUUAUAUGCCAAAUUAUAUAUCCCCACCUAUAACUCAAGCACAAGAAUUCUUCAUCAAUAGAAGCAAGCCUGAGUCGUUAUUGGAUUCCCAGCUUUCGUUUGGUCUAGGACUGGAAAGCCUUCCAACUGCAGUGACGUUUGGUCCAGAUUACUUAUCAGUGGCAUUUUAUCAACACUGCCAACCUGAGGAUCUGGAACUGGCCAAAAGUUUGGUAAGGCCUCAUGGGUUGUUCCUGGAAGACUUGGCCAAGGAAUCUUUACUAAGCAAAGAGAAAUUUGGAUCCGUAGAUCGGGUGUAUGUGGUGUUGGAAAAAGAUGAAGUAAUGAAGGAGGACUUCCAGCGAUGGGUGAUUGACGACAGCCCACCAAAAGAAGUGAAGUUCAUUGCCGGAGCUGACCAUAUGGUGAUGAUGUCGAGGCCCAAAGAACUUUGUCUCUGUUUCCAGGAGAUAGUUCAGCAGUAUAAUUGAAUUUGCAGUUCUUCGAUAAACAAUUGCAAUAAGAAGAGUACUAACCUACUAGAUCGUUGCAAUAUCCUAGUAGUUCAAAUAUUUUCGUGAAUUUUCUCAGAGCUGGGCUUGCUUUCUCAUGAUGAAUCUAAAUUGAUUUUCUCAUCAGUAAUUAGUAGAUAGUCAGCAGACUCAGUGGUCAUCAUUGUCCCCUUUGUUAGAUAUUUUUCUAAUGUCCACAUGACACGUGUAUGGCUUUUAUGGCUUUAGUAUUUUAUUAAAAUGGAGUUAUCUAAUCUAAUCUCUAAAA